AUGGGUCCCAAGUAUAAAACAAAACAAAAUGAAAAAAGACAAAUCAAAUAUGACCAAAUAUUAAUGCCGGUGAUGGCGACUCUGUUGGCUCGCUUUAAAAGCAAUGUCAAUUGUAUUAUCCAUUUGAUAAAAAUUCCUCAAUAUUUUGACUUUGAUAAUACAAUUGACAUGGAAGAUCUGCAUUUAAGGAAUUUAUUGGGCGCUCUGCAAGCCAUCGCCCAGGAUUCUGCAGAUGCGACAGUGCUGGACAACUGCAGCAAUACUUUGCAUUGCCUUUCUAGAAGGGCAAGAAGUAUUGCUGCAGAUUGCGAUGCCGCCAUUAAGACCAUCGUAGACAAAUGCGCAUUCGUAUAUAUGGAGCCAAUUCUUACAUGGCUAAGUAUUGUGAAUGGGCAAAUGGAUCCAAAAUAUGCCAAGGAAGAAGAUUUUCCUGAGAUUUUAAAUUCCCUAAAAAAAAUCUACAUUUUCCAAUAUUUAUAUAAUGUAAAUUAUUUAAAUAUAUGGGAAGAUUUUUUAGGGAAUUUAAAGUCUUCAGGAAUGGCGUUAUUGAAAGGAAUCUCCCUAUCGAAGUAUGUUAAUUAG